AUGGUAUACAAAUAUGACUCCUUGCUACUGCACGGGCAGAUUCGACUUCUCAAAAUCAUUCCUGGAACUCAGAAUGCCGUAGUUUCGAGCCAUAUGAGUGUCAUCAACCUUGACGAUAACCCAACCUACAAAUGCCUGUCAUAUACUUGGGGGGAGCCGGGUGGAGAUGUAACCGAUGAGAGUUGGUCGAAGCCUUCUCAGACGAUUCUAGUUGACGGAUUUGAGAUACAUAUCAGGCAAAACCUUUACAACGCCCUCAUUGCGCUGUGUCAAUCUGGAAUUCUAGGCCCCAUAUGGAUAGAUGCUCUUUGCAUUAAUCAAAACGAUAUAGAGGAACGAAACGCUCAGGUUUCUCAAAUGGCAAAUAUCUACAAAAGUGCUGAGGAAGUCAUUGUAUGGCUCGGUCAUGAGAGAGAAUACACCCAGACAGCAGUGGCUUGCUUUCAAAGAUUGCCAAUCACCCGCCAGGAGCUCCUUUCAGACGAGCAUAUCGUCUUGAGGGACCAAGCACUUGCAUCGUGCAGCUUCACUGACUCAGAACUGCUAGCCAUGACACGUUUCUUCACUGACCAUGCAUGGUUUGGCCGGACAUGGACACUUCAAGAGAUGUGGCUAGCUCGAGAGUUGACAUUUAUGUGCGGAACAAUCUAUGCUUCUGUGGAUGUUAUCCUCGCCGGAAGUAGUAUUGCACAUGAUAGUUACUCGUCGAGGAGUGUUACAGAAGACAUCCAGAGGACCCCAGCCAUUACGUGGCUGAUGAACUUCACAUACGACUUGAUAGCUAAACUGAGGAAGGAAGUUGAUGAAACUUCCCCUUCGCCACUUGGAUUCGAGGUCGACUAUCAUCGUGCGAGGCAUGCUACAGAUCCCAGAGACAAGGUUUAUGGUUUACUGGCAAUAUCAGAUACCACUACAGCGGAUGAUUAUAUGGAACCAGUAGUUGCCGAUUAUUCAAAACCAGUCCGGCAGGUAUUUUCGAUAGCUGCAGCACAUUGCCUACUCAACACAACAAGCUGGCGAGGGCUAAGCUAUAUCGGAGACCGCAGUAGAUACCGCAUCCCAGAUCUACCGUCCUGGGUUCCAGACUACACACAAGCUAUUCCUUGGAGGCUUCUUCAACGAAGAAGUGAAGAUACCUUCAAAACAGCAACUCGCCAACAAGUCUGCAUCGAGUACGACACCAACUCACCAUACACUAUCUACUCGCCAUAUUCAUAUUUUGAUACGAUUACUGCCGUCACAACUGCAUACUGGGAAGACAUAGAGGGCUAUUCCCAGAUGACUGAAAUUCUCAACCUCGCUCUGAACCCAUUUCCUGUCAAGGCGUUUGGAGAAGACAAUGUCUUAUCAGUACUGGCCAGAACCUUGACGGCAGAUCAAGCAGGAAUAUAUGACUAUGAUUCAUAUGAUUUUGUUGGCCAAUUUGGAGAAAUGAUAUACGGUAUGCUGUGGCUGAGCAUUUCAAAGAAUCCAGAUAUGGUAUCCGAACUGCUCAAGAACCCCAAGGCCAGUCUUUCCAAAGCUUUGAUUUCGAUAGGAAUUCAGGACCGAGGAGACUUACUAUCAAGUCUACUACACCCUUAUCGACAAUUAUGCAGAACAGAGGAACAAAUAGAGCCAGAGUCUAAGCCCACAGAGUCUCAAGACCAGAGCCUCAAGGCUCGAACCUCAUUGAUACAGCUUGACUGGGGCUCUGCAUCACACAAGAGAAGUCUCUUUCGAACGAAGAAAGGAUAUCUUGGCCUUGCACCACAGACUAUUAAGGUCGGUGACGAAGUGGGCAUAUUGCAAGGCGCCGAAGUUCCGCAUGUAUUUCGUCGAGUUUCGGGUUCGGAAACAUCGUUGAGUCUAGUCGGCGACGCAUAUGUUUAUGGGAUUAUGCAUGGAGAGCUGGAGUCUGAGGACCUGGAGUUCAGAAUGGUUCAGCUAGUUUAA